UGAAACGGUUACUGGAUCUCCACUUGUGGCUACGUAUAUCAGACGAUGCAGUGAGUUUGGAGAGUUAUCACUUACGUAUGAGCUGCCUGGGCCUCCACAGUCCUCGACCAAGGAAAACAAUAACAAGACCUUAUUUUCAAUUGCAUCACUCUCAAGAGAUGAAGGUUUCCCCAAGACUCGACGCGUGUGCUGUGCCAACAGAGGAACAGAGGAACAGAGCCAAACCGCAACGUAUUGGCGGCAGCACCACAACAUCGCUUAGAGUUUGGGUUGUGCUUACACGAGUCUCCUCAGCACACCAGCUACUGUUCACUGUCCACUGGCCACUAUGGCGACCAAGCCAUCGUGUCCUGGGACCAAUGGUGUUGAUCUCGUCCAGGCUUGAAAAUGCCCAUUGAAGAGGGUGAAACGUCACGGAAUAAAUGUUACUGACAAGUACUGGACUUUCCACUGGC